AUAUCUCAAGGGCCUCAAGCACACUGCCCGAAGGGAGAGGAACCACUACCUUCGCUCACAGAAGCGGAAGUUCUCUUUCAAAGACGCAAAGUGGUUCGUAUCACGACCGUACUGGUCUCGGAUAUGGAUAGUGCAAGAGUUCACCUUGGCCAGAGAGUUGUGGGUAUUAUGCGGAUCAGUCGCCAUAUCAUGGACUUCUCUGCAGCAAUUCCGACCUUUUGGCAUAUCCGACCAGACAAAUCUUGGGUUCAAGCAUCUCUCAAAGUCAGAAAGCCACUACAGUAUUGAGGCCCGUGUCAACAGCUGUAGAGAGUUAUCAAAACUCCGGCGGUCGUGGCAAACCGAUUCGAAACGACCUUCCUUUACAGACAAAGACCCCGGUUUUGGGGCACGACCUAGAUUGACUCGCCUCCUCGCCUUUUCCAAAGACUAUCAUUGUACGGAUCCUCGGGACCGGGUGUACGGAUUACUGGGGCUUACUGCAGAGGACGGCGUCCCAGACCAACUGCCAGCUGACUACGACAUCACGCCGUUCCAACUAUAUCACCGAGUGAUUCACCAUCUGAAAAGUCAAGGGCAGUCUUUUCUCCCUCAUCUUUUCCGUGAUAGGCUAGCUCAGGGACUUCAGAUAUGCGAUCAUGACAGCCUUCCGACGUCUACGUUUCUCUACGAAAUAAUGGCCGGCCGAUGUGUGAAAAGACUCCUCACCACUGGUGCAAAUAUGUGGAGAGAGCAAUUUCUAAAAGAAGUAACAGAGUUUCUGGAUGUUACAGAUGAGGAUGAGGAUGCCCAUGAAAUGUUCUCGAGAAUUAUCCGCGGAAUGGGAUCCUUUCCUUCCAACGAAGACCCAGCCACAUGGGCAGAGUUUGUUGCAGCUUUGAAGAAAGCUUUGAGCAUUAAUUAACAUGGUUUUGCUGAAGUUCUCAACAGUUGCAGUCGAUAGUAUUGAAUGAGGAUUGGUUGAGCAAAACCUCGCGAGGCCCCAAUCUAGACUUUGAAGCGUGUUUUGAUAUUUUAGUAAGCCCGUCGAGACAUCAUAAGAUAUACGAAGAUGGAAUUGAAAAAAAAAAAAAAAAUGAAAAAAAAAGAGGAAAAAGGUUCAAAGAAAAGCCGGCGAUGAAUAGUCUACGAUUUGAAGGAUCAAGAUAGGAUAUG